AUGAAUAGUUCUAUUGGAUAUGCAUCCUACCAACAACAAUACACAGAUCAUCAGGGCAAUAAUACAGUAUCAAUCGUGCUAUUCUUUGCCAUCAUCUUUCUACUCUUUAUCUCUUUUAUUUUCUAUUUCUGGUACACAGAAUGGCAUAAAGUCCCGAUAGAUCAAAGGGGCGAUCAAGAAGUGAGUCAACAACAAGAAAUAUAUUUACUCGUAGACAACAUAUCAACACAAGUAAAGACAACCUUUCGAAUACCCCUCUUAACCCUCUCAACUGUCCUUUGGCAAAAUUUAAUUGUUAAACAACCCUUUAGACAAGAUGCUAUUCCUAUUGCUUCACAUCAAAGAGUUUAUGCUGCUAAAUUCUAUCAUCUCUUUUCACUUCUUUUCAUCUUGACCUUUCUCAUUUCUCUCAUCAUCCUCAUCGGUACUGUCAAUUCACAGGGCAGUAGUUUACUACACGCUGUCUUGUUCGUAUUCAUACUCUCCAUCAACCUCUACUUGAUCACUCGACAACGAUGCUAUUACAUGGAGAAGCGGAAACUCUAUGGCGAUCAGGACGAACACAUCAAUGCUGUUUAUGAUACCAGAUUCUCCACUUGGGAUACAUCCAUGUGGUCUAACUGGGUUCAGAUCACCAUUUUGAUCAUCGAGUUCUUCCAGCUCAUGACAUUCCCUUUGCGAGAUCUUAUCACCGUUACUCAGGCAGGUUAUGUCUCAGGAAAGUCGGCUGCUGUGUCCUUUAUACUGAACGCAGGAGGGUUGAUGCCUGACAUGCGAACUCCAGCUUGGUAUACUUAUUCACUCUGGACAGCUUUUGCAGUGACAUGCUCCAGCCUAGUCCUUGGCUUGAUCAUUCAUUACAUCAAUACCAUCUAUCCUUAUAGAAUAUCGACUCGUUGGGUUCGAUGGUUUAUACCUGUUGCUACGUUAUUGUAUAUACCCAUUUUAACAACCUUUGUUAGCUCAGCAGCUUGCCAAUUGUUAAAUAUACCCGACAAUGACUUCAGCACAACCCUUCGCUGUCACUCAUCCGAUAUCAAUCGACAACUCUAUCUCUGGCUGUCACUCGUUGGUUACUUUCUUGCUUACUUUCUAACCACCAUCUUUCUGACGAGUUAUGAACGAGUACCAUCAAAAGACGAGAUUGCCUAUAAAUCUAUCAGUGUGGCUUUUAUUAAGAACAUGGGUCUUUUGUUAGCCAUUGUCUUUUUGCUAGUUGAAUCAACCACCAAAGUAAAUCGAAUGCGUGCCAUCUUAUCCAUCACGAUUUUGUUGACCAUGAUCUGCUACAACAUCAAGACACGCCCUUGUUAUGUCGACAAGAUCAACUUCUUUCGAACUGCUUCAUUCACCUGUAUUCUCUGGACAUCCACCCUAGUCGCUGUCCUGAGCGAUACAAACGCAGCACGAAGUCUAGGUCCUGUCACGGUGAUUUAUAUUAUCAUCGGUGGCUGGGCGUUUAUCGUUCUCUUGUUCCUAUUGAUUUACUUUAUUUACUACACUCAACCUACAAUAAAAACUUGA